CCCUCUCUUCCCCCCGCCCUGUCUUCCCCUGCACCCUCCUCCUUCCCUCCGCCCGGGAGCUUUCCCCGGUCCCCGGCGCCGCCUCCUUCCCUCCCGGCUCCCCGUUCCCGCGGCCACCGCCGCCGCCCCGGGGAAGGAGAGACGGGGGUGGGGUUUGGGGGAAGCCGGAGAGGAGGGGAGAGACCCUGGCCGGGCAGGAGCCCGGAUUCCAGGGGAAGAGGGCCUGGAGGAAGGAGAAGGUGGAGGAGAGAGGAGGGGAGGGUGGGGAGGAGCGGCCGGGCCUGGGGCCUUGAGGCCGGGGGAGAGCCGGGGAGCCGGGCCGGCGCGCCGAGAUGCUGCUGUUGCUGCUACUGCUGCUGGCGCCUCUCUUCCUCCGCCCCCCGGGCGCGGGCGGGGCGCAGACCCCCAACGCCACCUCCGAAGGUUGCCAGAUCAUACACCCGCCCUGGGAAGGGGGCAUCAGGUACCGGGGCCUGACUCGGGACCAGGUGAAGGCUAUCAACUUCCUACCCGUGGACUAUGAGAUUGAAUAUGUGUGCCGGGGGGAGCGUGAGGUGGUGGGGCCCAAGGUGCGCAAGUGCCUGGCCAACGGCUCCUGGACAGACAUGGACACACCCAGCCGCUGUGUCCGAAUCUGCUCCAAGUCUUACUUGAGCCUCGAAAAUGGGAAGGUUUUCCUGACGGGUGGGGACCUCCCAGCUCUGGAUGGAGCCCGGGUGGAUUUCCGCUGUGACCCCGACUUCCACCUGGUGGGCAGCUCCCGCAGCAUCUGUAGUCAGGGCCAGUGGAGCACCCCCAAGCCCCACUGCCAGGUGAACCGAACGCCACACUCAGAACGGCGCGCAGUGUACAUCGGGGCGCUGUUCCCCAUGAGCGGGGGUUGGCCUGGGGGCCAGGCCUGCCAGCCUGCGGUGGAGAUGGCGUUGGAGGACGUGAAUAGCCGCAGAGACAUCCUGCCGGACUAUGAGCUCAAGCUCAUCCACCACGACAGCAAGUGUGACCCAGGCCAAGCCACCAAGUACCUGUAUGAGCUGCUCUAUAACGACCCCAUCAAGAUCAUCCUGAUGCCCGGCUGCAGCUCCGUCUCCACACUUGUGGCUGAGGCCGCCCGGAUGUGGAACCUGAUUGUGCUCUCCUACGGCUCCAGCUCGCCAGCCCUGUCCAACCGGCAGCGUUUUCCCACGUUCUUCCGGACACAUCCAUCAGCCACGCUCCACAAUCCUACCCGAGUGAAGCUUUUUGAGAAGUGGGGCUGGAAGAAGAUUGCCACCAUCCAGCAGACCACAGAGGUCUUCACCUCGACUCUGGACGACCUGGAGGAGCGAGUGAAGGAGGCCGGAAUUGAGAUUACUUUCCGCCAGAGCUUCUUCUCAGAUCCUGCUGUGCCUGUCAAAAACCUCAAGCGCCAGGAUGCCAGAAUCAUCGUGGGACUCUUCUACGAGACAGAAGCCCGGAAAGUUUUUUGUGAGGUAUACAAGGAGCGUCUGUUUGGGAAGAAGUAUGUCUGGUUCCUCAUUGGGUGGUAUGCCGACAACUGGUUCAAGAUCUAUGACCCGUCCAUUAACUGCACAGUGGACGAGAUGACCGAGGCCGUGGAGGGCCACAUUACCACUGAGAUUGUCAUGCUGAACCCUGCCAACACCCGCAGCAUUUCCAACAUGACAUCCCAGGAAUUUGUAGAGAAACUAACCAAACGACUCAAAAGACACCCUGAGGAGACUGGAGGCUUCCAGGAGGCACCUCUGGCCUAUGAUGCCAUCUGGGCCUUGGCCCUGGCCCUGAACAAGACAUCUGGAGGGGGUGGCCGUUCAGGUGUGCGCUUGGAGGACUUCAACUACAACAACCAGACCAUUACUGACCAAAUCUAUCGGGCAAUGAACUCCUCCUCCUUCGAGGGUGUCUCUGGCCAUGUGGUGUUUGAUGCCAGUGGUUCUCGAAUGGCGUGGACACUCAUCGAGCAGCUACAGGGUGGCAGCUAUAAGAAGAUUGGCUACUAUGACAGCACCAAGGAUGAUCUUUCCUGGUCCAAGACGGAUAAGUGGAUUGGAGGGUCCCCCCCAGCGGACCAGACCAUGGUCAUCAAGACAUUCCGUUUCCUGUCACAGAAACUCUUUAUCUCCGUCUCGGUUCUCUCCAGCCUGGGCAUUGUCCUAGCUGUUGUCUGUCUCUCCUUUAACAUCUACAAUUCCCAUGUCCGUUAUAUCCAGAACUCUCAGCCUAACCUGAACAAUCUGACUGCUGUGGGCUGCUCGCUGGCGUUAGCUGCUGUCUUCCCACUUGGGCUGGAUGGUUACCAUAUCGGGAGAAGCCAGUUCCCUUUCGUCUGUCAGGCCCGCCUCUGGCUCCUCGGUCUGGGCUUUAGUCUGGGCUAUGGCUCCAUGUUCACCAAGAUCUGGUGGGUACAUACAGUGUUCACAAAAAAGGAAGAAAAGAAGGAGUGGAGGAAGACCCUGGAGCCCUGGAAGUUGUAUGCCACGGUGGGCCUGCUGGUGGGGCUGGAUGUCCUUACUCUCGCCAUCUGGCAGAUUGUGGACCCUUUGCACCGGACCAUUGAGACUUUUGCCAAAGAAGAGCCAAAGGAAGACAUCGAUGUCUCUAUUCUGCCCCAGCUGGAGCACUGCAGCUCUAAGAAGAUGAACACGUGGCUUGGCAUUUUCUAUGGUUACAAGGGACUGCUGCUGCUUUUGGGAAUCUUUCUUGCUUAUGAGACCAAGAGUGUGUCCACUGAGAAGAUCAACGACCACCGGGCUGUGGGCAUGGCCAUCUACAAUGUGGCGGUCCUGUGCCUCAUCACUGCUCCUGUCACCAUGAUCCUUUCCAGCCAGCAGGAUGCAGCCUUUGCCUUCGCCUCUCUCGCCAUAGUUUUCUCCUCCUAUAUUACUCUGGUCGUGCUCUUUGUGCCCAAGAUGCGCAGGUUGAUCACCCGAGGGGAAUGGCAGUCCGAGGCACAGGACACCAUGAAGACAGGGUCGUCCACCAACAACAAUGAGGAGGAGAAGUCACGGCUGUUGGAGAAGGAGAACCGUGAGCUGGAGAAGAUCAUUGCUGAGAAAGAGGAACGAGUCUCUGAACUACGCCAUCAACUCCAGUCUCGGCAACAGCUCCGCUCUCGGCGUCACCCCCCAACGCCUCCAGACCCAUCUGGGGGCCUUCCCAGGGGCCCCCCUGAGCCCCCUGACCGGCUUAGCUGUGAUGGGAGUCGAGUCCAUUUGCUUUACAAGUGAGGGGGUAUCAGGAAGGACCAGCCAGUAGGGGGAGGGGAAGGGUGUGGGAAGAGGGUGGGGGUCUGGGGAGGCAGCAGGGGAAUCCCUAUCCCCAGAUGGGACAACAUGCUAUCCAUUCCCAUCUCUUGUAAAUACACUUUCCUCUGUGAGUCCUGGGGUUAUUUCGGUCUCGAAUAUUCUGGGCAACAGACUUUUUUUCUCUUGUUCAUUUAUAUCAUUCUAUGUCACUACUUCAUUUGGUUUGUACCUUGCUUGACGCUCCUCAUUCACCACUCCUCAGCAGCCUCCCCAACCUCCUUCUCUUCUACUUCUGGCCUCCGUCUUGUUACCAAGCAACCCUUGCAGCCUCCUCUGUCUUUAUGCUCUGCUCCUACCAACAGGGGUCUCCCCACAAGUGCCCUUUCCACCCCAACUGGGGCCUCUCCACCUCUCCAUUGUUAUCUCUUUCUAUCCUAUUACCCUUUCACAUACUCCCUUUUACUCUUCCUUGAAUUGUCCUUUUCUUGGGGACUCAUUCUUCUAGCCAGGGCUCACAUGAUCCUAUGCUGUGUUACGUGCUCAUGCCUCCCAACAUACGUGUGUCUUCCCUCUCCUGUUCUUCCCUUAAUGCUGUGGUCAUGGAUGAUUGCUUGCAUACCUCGCACUCAUAGCUGCGUGUGCUUGUCUGGUGGUCAUGUGUGUGCCCUUGCAUAUAUUUGGGUAGGCGUGUGCUAUUGUCUGGAAUGCUGAGUCAGUCAUGUCUUCCCUACCUGCAUGCAUGUAUGUUUAUCCAUGUAUUUUUCCUGUGUGGCCUCAAUGUACAUUGGGUAUCCCUUUCCCUUUGCCCCUUAAGGUCAUUAUUCUAACAAAGCGAUACACAGCUACCCUGCACAUUGUUAUGCACUUUCCCCACUUCCUGUCUGGCAGGGUUGUCCAUACCCUCUCCUCUGCACAGAGCCUGUUUCUGCUCACUCUUCCCCCUUCCCUUUGUGCUUAUAGACCACCUCAGUCUACACUCACGGUCACCCUCUCCCAAGGUUACUCCCUUUUGCUUUGUGCUUUUGGGGGAGAAUUAAGGGAAAAGAUAUAGGGAGAGGACAGGUUUGAGAAGCUGCUUCCGGUGGAUACUUGGUGGAAAUCCUAACCAAAGGAAGGCAUCUCUGUUGGGAUAGAUAGAUGGACCAAUGGGGCGAAAGAUGGCGUCCCUUUCGCACUGUGGUGUCUCUUGGGGAAUGAUUUCCCCAAAUUUCAAUAAACCAGUGAACAGUGU